ACUGCUGAAAAUGGUUUCCUAGGACUUUGCAAACGGAUCUCCCCAAAGUGUUGGUGCAAAACUUUGUAGAUCUCCGCUGUGGUUUUUUUUUUGUUUUGUUCUGCUCUGGCUAUCCUCCUCCCCCCCUCCGCCAAAAUGCAGGGGGAAGGAGUGUUGACAAUUAAUUGAUGAAUUCUCCCAAAAAAAAUGGAGGCAGAGAAAGAAUCUGGAAGAAGAUUGCGCUCGGUCGGCCGGCAGAGAUACGACGAGAACGAGGACCUGUCGGACGUGGAGGAGAUCGUCAGCGUCCGGGGCUUCAGCCUGGAGGAGAAGCUGCGCAACCCACGGUACCAGGGGGACUUCGUCCACGCCAUGGAGGGAAAAGAUUUCAACUUCGAGUACGUGCAAAAAGAAGCCCUAAGGGUGCCCCUGAUCUUCCGAAAUAAGGAUGGCCUGGGAAUUGAGAUGCCCGACCCUGAUUUCACCGUCAGAGAUGUGAAGCUUUUAGUGGGGAGCCGGCGGAUGGUGGACGUCAUGGACGUGAACACACAGAGAGGCACGGAGAUGAGCAUGUCCCAGUUUGUGCGCUACUAUGAAACCCCCGAGGCCCAGCGGGAGAAACUCUUCAAUGUCAUCAGCCUGGAGUUCAGUCACACCAAGCUGGAGAAUGUCGUCAAGCGGCCCAACGUGGUGGACCUGGUGGAUUGGGUGGACAACAUGUGGCCCCAGCAUCUGAAGGAGAGGCAGACGGACGCCACCAACGCCAUCGCUGAGAUGAAGUAUCCCAAAGUCAAAAAGUACUGUCUGAUGAGUGUGAAAGGCUGCUUCACUGACUUCCACAUUGACUUUGGAGGCACCUCUGUCUGGUACCACGUUUUUCAGGGUGGGAAGAUCUUCUGGCUGAUCCCCCCGACCCUGCACAACUUGGAACUGUACGAAGAAUGGGUGUUGUCAGGCAAGCAGAGCGACAUCUUCCUGGGAGACAGGGUGGAACGGUGCCAAAGAAUUGAGCUGAAACAGGGGAACACGUUCUUCAUCCCCUCAGGCUGGAUCCAUGCUGUCUACACCCCCGUAGAUUCUCUGGUCUUUGGUGGAAACAUCCUUCAUAGCUUUAAUGUGCCCAUGCAGCUGCGGAUUCAUGAGAUUGAAGACAGAACACGGGUGCAGGCCAAAUUCCGUUACCCUUUCUACUAUGAGAUGUGCUGGUAUGUCCUGGAGAGGUACGUGCACUGUCUGACCCACCGAUCCCACCUCACCCAGGAGUGCCAGAGAGAAUCAAUGCUCAUUGAUGCAACAAGAAAAGCCAGCAUAGACGGCUUCUCAUCCGAUUCCUGGCCGGAGAUGGAGGAAGAAUCGUGCGAGCUGCAUCCUCUGGAGGAGAAAGAGGAGAGUGUGGACAAAGUUCCCAAGCCGCCGGCCGACAGCUCCUCCUCCCCCAACAUCACACCCUCCGAAGGUCAGGAGCCUGCCGGGAAGAAACCCAAAGCCCCAGUCAUGCGGUACCUCAAAAGAACUCUGUCGAAUGAGUCGGACGACAGCAUCAAAUCCACCACACCCACGGACUAUCCCAAAACCCCCACUGGAUCCCCGGCCACUGAGCUCUCUACCAAAUGGACUCAUCUCACGGAGUUUGAACUGAAGGGCCUGAAAGCUUUGGUGGAAAAACUUGAAUCCCUCCCAGAGAACAAGAAGUGUGUCCCUGAGGGCAUCGAAGAUCCACAGGCACUCCUGGAGGACAUGAAGAAUGUGCUGAAGGAGCAUGCUGAUGAUGACCAAAACCUUGCAAUCACUGGAAUGCCCGUGGUCUCCUGGCCCAAGAAGACAGCAAAGGCCAAGUUGCCCUCCCAGGUUUUGGAUGAAGAUUUUCUGUCGAACCGGGCGGUCGGGCGGCCGAAGGGGAAACUGGGCCCGGGCUCGGCAGUGAAGUUGGCCGCCAACCGGACGACGGCAGGGGCGAGGCGGCGGCGGACGCGAUGCCGCAAGUGCGAGGCCUGCCUACGCACCGAGUGUGGAGAGUGCCACUUCUGCAAGGACAUGAAGAAGUUUGGGGGGCCAGGAAGGAUGAAGCAGUCGUGCAUCAUGCGGCAGUGCAUCGCGCCAGUGUUACCGCACACUGCAGUAUGUCUUGUGUGUGGAGAGGCCGGGAAGGAGGACACCGUGGAGGAAGAAGAAGGCAAGUUUAACCUCAUGCUGAUGGAGUGUUCCAUCUGCAAUGAAAUCAUCCACCCUGGAUGCCUUAAGCGAAAGGAGAGCAGCUGUGCCUGCCUGGAGGAAGAAGGACUCUAUCUACCCUGGAGCUUAGUACAGUACCUGGUGAAGGAGUCAGACGGCGUGGUCAACGAUGAGCUGCCAAACUGCUGGGAGUGUCCAAAGUGCAACCAUGCUGGGAAAACCGGGAAAGCGUACAAGCAAAAGCGCGGUCCUGGUUUCAAGUAUGCCUCGAACCUGCCGGGCUCGCUGCUCAAGGAGCAGAAGAUGAACCGGGACAACAAAGAGGGGCUCGAUCCGGCCAAACGGAAAGGAGAGUGUGAAGAGGCGGUGCAUCGCAAGUCGGAAGAGCAUGUCAAGAAGCCGCCGACGGACAGCAUCCUGCGCAGGAAGUCUGAUGAGGUGCACCUCAGGAGGAAACGGAAAUUUGAGAAGCCCCAGGAGCUGACCACGCGCAAGCGGCUAAAACUCGGCAAGGAGGAGAAGCUUUUCAGGAAAAAGCGGCGGUCCUGGAAGGCCACGGAGGACAGGGCGGCUCUGGCCAACAAACCCCUCCGGCGCUUUAAGCAGGAGCCAGAAGAGGACCUGCCCGAGGCCCCCCCGAAGAGCAAGGAGAGCGACCAGUCCCGUUCCAGCUCCCCCACGGCCGGGCCCAGCACAGAGGGCGCCGAGGGCCCCGACAAGAAGAAGCUCAAGAUCCGACGGAAACGGCGGCUCCCGAACAAGGAGCUCAGCAAGGAGCUGAGCAAGGAGCUCAACCAGGAGAUCCAGAAGACGGAAAACAGCCUGGCCAACGAGAACCACCAGCCCAUCAAGUCGGAGCCGGAGAGCGAGAACGAGGAGCCCAAGCGGGCCCUGAGCAGCAGUGAGCGGCUGCACCGCUUCAGCAAGGGCCUCAAUGGGACCCCCCGGGAGCUCCGGCACCAGCUGGUUCCCAGCCUGCGGACCACUCCCCGAGUCAUCGCCCGGCCCCCUCCCUCCCUCUCGCCCCCCAAGUGCAUCCAGAUGGAGCGCCACGUCAUCCGGCCGCCCCCCAUCAGUCCCCCGCCCGACUCGUUGCCCCUGGAUGACGGGGCGGCCCACGUCAUGCAGCGGGAAGUGUGGAUGGCCGUCUUCAGCUACCUCAGCCACAGCGACCUGUGCGUCUGCAUGCGGGUCUGCAAGACCUGGAACCGCUGGUGCUGUGAUAAGCGGUUGUGGACCAAAAUUGACUUGAACCAUUGCAAAUCCAUCACCCCGCUAAUGCUCAGUGGCAUUAUCCGCCGGCAGCCCGUCACUCUGGACCUCAGCUGGACAAACAUCUCCAAAAAGCAACUGAGUUGGCUCAUCAAUAGGCUUCCAGGACUGCGGGACUUGCUGCUGUCUGGCUGCUCGUGGAUCGCCGUGUCAGCGUUGUGCAGUUCCAGCUGUCCUCUGCUGAGGACCUUGGACGUCCAGUGGGUGGAAGGACUAAAGGAUGCCCAGAUGCGGGAUCUCCUGUCUCCACCGACGGACAACCGGCCAGGUCAGAUCGACAAUCGUAGUAAACUCCGGAACCUAGCGGAGCUGCGCCUGGCCGGGCUGGACAUCACGGACGCAUCCCUGCGGCUCAUCAUCCGGCACAUGCCCCUCCUUUCCAGGCUCAACCUCAGUUACUGUAACCACGUCACCGAUCAGUCCAUCAACCUGCUGACCGCCGUGGGGACCACUACUCGCGAUUCCUUAAUGGAAAUUAAUUUAGCAGAUUGCAAUAAGGUUACUGACCAGUGCCUGUCCUUCUUUAAACGUUGUGGAAAUAUCUGCCAGAUCGACCUAAGGUACUGCAAGCAGGUAACCAAGGAGGGCUGUGAGCAGUUCAUAGCGGAGAUGUCAGUGAGCGUUCAGUUUGGGCAAGUGGAAGAAAAACUCCUGCAAAAACUGAGUUAGUCAAAGGACAAGCGUGUAAAUACCGGGGCUCGGGCGGGGUGGGCAGGGGAAAAGUGACUUUAAGAAUAUGUAGGGAUUUUAUUUUCAAUUUGGAACUUGAAAUACCAGAGAAUAUCAAAGAUUCCAUUUUACAAGUCCUUUCAAGAAGAAAACAACAACAGAAGAGUUCAGCUAUUCAUUUUACGAAUGCCCAACCUGUGCCACUUAGUCUACCUGAGACAUACUGCACUGGCUUUUAUGACAAUUCCUAAGGCGACUGUUAUUAAGACGUUCACGGCUAGGAGAAGGAUGGACUUUCAAGAAAUUCUGUUAUUUAAAGUACCAGAGCAUGAGCUUGGAAGUGUAAAUUUUUAAUUUCCACUCCUCAUUUCCUCCAACUCCAAGGUUUUGGUGUCAUUACAGAGUGGACCACAUGCUGCAUUUCUGCCGCCUUGACACUUUUUUGGUUUCAUUUUUUGUUUUGUUACAUCUUACAUUAUGCAGAACUAUUUUUGUACAAAUUGUUUAAAAAUUAUUUAUGCAAUGUUUGAAUGCAUACCAGUGGUUUUGUUUUUGUUUUUCCCUUCGGUUUGGGAUUACCAACUUUUAUGGUUUACUUAAGGUAGGAGAGAACUUAACCUAUACUUCGUAAACAAAACAAUCCAUCUACAAAUGUGCCCAAAUCAGGCAAAGUCAGUUCACACUUUCAAUUUAAAAGCAUGUUUUAAUGGAAGUUUAUAUCCUGCUUUGUAUACUUCAAAAGUGACAUAAGCAUGUUGUGGAAAUAAGGUGUAAAUUAUAGUUGAAGUAAGACACUUUGCCAAGUUUUCUCUGUAUAGAAUUCACCUUUUCUCAAAAUUUUAAGAUUCAGAUUUCAGCUUUUGCACAUAGGAGGGUCUCUCUCCAGCAUGAGCUCUUGUACUCUAUAUAGGACUAAUUUAUACAGUGAGUCAAGCAGUAGAAUAAAUGGUCAAACAUAGUCUCCUUUUCUUUCUCCUUUUCUUUGAAGUGUGAGUUGAGUUCUCGUUUAAGGUUUAUAACAUGGUUAUUUCCUGAUUGUAAAAUUAUGCAUUCAUAAGUGCCAUUGUUGUAAGGUGUUGUUUUCGUAGACCUUCCUGAUGCAGUUUUACCUUUGUUGAAUUUGUAUAAACGAUUGUACAAAAAAAAA